CACACACACACACACACACACACACACACCUCACACACACAUACACACCGCCACAGCCACCACCUCAACCACAGCCACCUUGUUGUUGUCGGGAACAUGUCGUGGCGUCCGUCGGGAAGGAGCUCGUCGUCGACCGCAGGCUCGUCUUCCACCACUUCUGCUGCGCAUGGUGGUGCGGGGAACAGUAUCCAUGCUGCCGCACGGGAGAAUGAUGUCAAUAGGCUGAGGGGCAUGCUGGCCAUGGGUACAGAUCCCAAUGCCAGGCUAUCAUCCUCGGCCGCUACUCCGCUUUAUGCUGCAGUGGAACGCAACUCGAUUGAUGCGGUGCGCAUGCUGCUCGGCACGCCAAAUGUCGACGUCAAUGCUGCCAAGACGGACGGCUGGGCCCCGCUGCUCACAGCCUCUCAUCAGGGCUUUGUCGAGUGUGUUCAGCUGCUGGUCGACGCUGGCGCGAGCCUCAACAACUGCAACAGAAACGGCGCUACCGCGCUGUACGUCGCCUCGCAGAAUGGCCAUGGUCAGGUUGUCCAGAUCCUGCUCGAUGCCGGCGCAGACGCGUCCAUCGCCAAGUCAACCGACGGCUGGACCCCGCUGCUCAUCGCUGCCCAAAAGCCGCACCUUGCCGUCGUUGACAUCCUCAUCGCCCAUGGCGUGGCCCUCAAUCAGCAGAACAACAACGGCGCAACCGCCCUUUUUGUCGCCUCGCAGUCGCAGAACGCCGAGGUCGUCGCCGCCCUCAUCGCCGCAGGCGCUGACAUCGACAUGGCCAAGAACGACGGUUCCACACCGCUCUACACCGCGUGCGACAAGGGCGGAAACUCCAUUGUGGGCGCGCUCCUCGCUGCGGGCGCUAACCCGCGCAUCUCAAAGUCUGACGGCUGGUCCUCGCUUCUCACUGCAGCCCACCGCGGCCACAUUGCCGUCGCCCAACUUCUCCUCGAUGCUGGCGCGUAUGCCAACUGCGCAAACUGGAACGGCGCAACCGCCCUCUACAUGGCCGCCCAGAACGGCCACGCCGACGUCGUCGACCUGCUCCUCGACUUUGGCGCGGAUGCUUCCACCGGUAAGCACACUGACGGCUGGGCCCCGCUCCUCAUCGCCACACACAAGCCGCACGUCGACGUCGUCGACCGCCUCGUCCGCCGCCGCACCCCACUCAACCUUGUCAACCACAACGGCGCUACUGCGCUCUACAUCGCCGCCCAGAAAGGCAACCUUGAGCUGGUUCACAUCCUCCUGGAUGGCGGCGCAAACCCGAACAUUGCCAAGCACACCGAUGGCUGGGCCCCGCUGCACACCGCAUCGCACAAGCCGUUCCCCUCCUGUGUCUCUGCCCUCCUCGACGCCGGGGCAGACAUCAACGCGCAGGUCCACUCCGGCGCCACCCCGCUUGUCCUCGCCCUCGAGCGCGGCCACAACGACAUGGUCCAUCAGUUGGUCCGCGCAGGCGCAAAUUGCUCUCUCCGCAAGUCCGACGGUACCCACCCGGUCGUCGUCGCUGCCUCCUCCAUCCCCACCCUCGAGGCUUUCCUCGCCGUCGUUCCCGACCUCGAGGCCGCGCUUACCGCUCUCCGUGCUCACCGCCCGGCGCUCGCCUCCGGCCAUCGCCUCGACGCCAUCCGCGAGGAGCGCCGCAUCACACACAUGGACGACGUUCUCCCCGGCUAUGUCGACGUCUUUCCCGACACCAGCAUCCUCACGCCGGCUUCCGACUCUGACCCGGCCCCAUCGUCCGACGCUGCCGGUGCCAGCGCCGCCUCUGGCGACAACUCCGCCGCCGCCGCCUCAGACCCCGAGGCCGAUCCCAACUCGCUCCUCCCCCUCUCUGCGGCCCUCGACCUCGAUCUCGACACUACGCCGGUGCUUGACGCGUCGGCGUUCCCGCCUCUUCCGCACCUCGCCGAGCCGGCUGCACCGCCGGCUGCGGUCCUCGCCGCGCUCUUUGGCGUCGAUGAGACCGUCGUCCUGGCGCUCGCCGGCACCGAGCCCGCUGCUGAGCCCGCUGCCGAGCCGGCUGGCUCUACCGCAGGCAGCGCCGCCGCAGCGUCAUCGUCAUCCACCGCUGCUGCUGCCGCCGCUGCUGCUGCUGCCAACAAUGCUGACACGGCUGCGGCGCCGCGCGCCUCGCGUUUUCCUCUCAUCUCGGCCACCACCUGGGAUGAGGUUGCUGCGCCGCAAGUCCUCCUCACCAAGCCGACCAAGCACGUGGUUCACGAGCACCCGCUGGAGCUGGUGACCGCCAGCGAGCGCGUGGCCGUCUCGGCAGCAUGCUCGGGCUGUGGCUCGUCCAUCGCCGCCCACACGCCACGGUUCCUCUGCCCGCAGUGGUGCACGCCCAUGGAGGGCGGGUACGAGGUCGUGCUCUGUGAGACUUGUGGCGAGGAGCGGACCGAGUCGCUCCUCUCCACCACGCACUGGCACUACAUGCACACCAGGCGAAGUGCGCCGUCGGGCCUCGCCUGGCAGUGCGCGGUUUGCUCAGACACGCCGCGCGGCUCGCCGGUCAUGGCCUGCCUUGAGUGCCGUGUCUUUGUCUGUGAGCCAUGCUUCCGCCCGGUCGGCCGCGCAGAGGCGCCCGGCGGCCUCGUCGCCCGCUGCUCCGCCGCCGGCACGCUCAGCCUUACCUGGGAUCCGCCGCACAACGGCGGCUCGCCGAUCGAGGCCUACCGAGUUUUCUGCCGCCCGGCUGGCGCCCAAGCCUGGGGCGGCGGCGGGCUUGUCGCGCCCAAUGCCUCGGCUCUCAUCCGCGAUCUCACCCUCGAAGUCCAGUACGAGGUCAAGGUCCGCGCCGUGACUGGCUCGGGCGACGGCCGCGACUCGGCCACCGUCAACGCCGAGACUCGGUUUGUUCUCCCGCCGCCCAUCACUCACGUCGCCACCGCCGCUCGAUCCCUGCCAGGCGGCCCGGUCAUGGCGCUCGCCUGGCCCGAGCGCGCUGAGACCGCCGCCGACGAGCGCGGCUUUAUCGUUGGCUGGGACUCGAGCGAGGCCCUGGUCUUUGCCGCCCCUCUCCCGCCGGCAGCCCGCAACGGCAUUCUGCUUGGCGGCCUCGCGCCCGGCUCCGAGACUCACGUCGCCAUCGCGGUCGCCAACGAGCACGGCGUGGCGUACUCGGGAGAGCGGUUGACGCUGCGGUCGGCGCCGUCGCCGCCGAGUAGCAUCGAGCUGGCGGCCGCGCCGCGGCCCGGCGGUGGCCUCGCGCUCACUGUCCGGGUUCCUCCCGGCGCGCUCGGCCCGGCCGUCGAGUCACUCCGCCUCGACGCUGUUUCGAUCGCCGACGACGGAACGACACUCAGCGCGGGCGAGACGACGACUGUGCCGGCCGGCGACGCGGUCGUCCACCUCCCGACUGGCGUUUCAGGCGCUGUGCUCCAGGUGAGCGUGGUGGCAGUGCUCGGUGAGCUGGCGUCGCUGCCGUGGAUCACCCGCGUGGCGUCGGCUCCGGCGCACCCGCCGCCGCCGGUCGAGGUCGUCCAGGUCCGUGCCUCGACCGACGCCAUGGCUUUCAUGGUCACGCUCUCGCCGUUUUCCGGUGGCGCAGCUCUCCGCGAGAUCGAGCUGGUAUGCGGCGAGCUGGCGAGCUCCCACCCGGUCGCCACCCCCGGCGCCACCGUCGAAGUCACACUCGGCGGUUUGAAGCCGUCGGCAAUGGUCGACGUCCAAGUCUCGGUCGCCAACGAACUCGGCAGCUCGGCACCGGUCAGGCUGCAGGGCAUCACCUCGCCGAGUCUGGCGAACGUGGCGCAGUGCAUCGGUGACGGCGAGGUGAGCUCGGACUAUGCGGUGUACCAGCUCUCGCCGCCACCGGCCAACGCUGCAGGCGACUCGCUGCUUGCGGUCUCGGUCUUUGCCCUCGACGCCGAGACCGGCGCUGUGGUCGGCGCACCGCUCACCACUGCACCGCUCGACGGGAGUGUGGCGUACGUGCGGGCCGAUGGCCUCGCGCCGGCCACCCGGUACGGCGUGGUGGUGGCGGCGACGCCGCCGCCACACUUUGCGCACGUGGCUAUGAUGGCGGGCUCGGCCGCCGACCUCGCGGCCGAUUUCACCACUCUCUACGGGCCGCCAGCCGACGUGGCGCUUGUCGACGUCGAGGCCAACUCGAUGGUGGUGACCUGGACGCCGGUGGCGCCGGUGGCUAGCCUAGAGCUUGUUGGCUACCAGGUUCACGUCACAACGCUGGCCGAAUGCGACAGCUACCCGCCGCACCCGGCCGUGGUGGCGGCAGACGAGGCUCCGCGGCUGGCGCUGGACGGCCUCGUGCCGGGUACGACGUACAUUGUUUGCGUACGGAGCGUGUCGGACCUCGGCGCCGGCGAGGCGUCGGACGAGGUCUCGCACCCAACGUUGCCUGCGCCGCCACUCGAGGUGACGGCGGACAACGUGUCGGCGACGAGUGCGUCGCUCUCAUGGGUCCCUGCCCCGAUCGACGAGGGCGCCGUUUACGAGGCCUUUGAGGUUGUGGUCAACGGCGAACUGGUGGCGACGACGACGGCGCCGGUGGCCGAGGUCGACGUCCUGGCGCCGUCGUCGGUCUUUGACAUUGAGGUGCGAGCGCGGACGGAGCACGGCGUGUCGUUGCCGAGCGGCUUGGCCGUCACCACGCUCCCGCCCGGGGUGGCGCAGGUCGAGGCGAGCCACGUCCGCGAGCGGACGUUGGUCCUGACCUGGCAGCCGCCACAUGCCGGCGCGGUGCCGCUCAGCGAGUACGUGGUGUACCUCGCCGUGCUGGAGGAGGAGCUCGACAGCGAGUGGACCGGCUCCAUGCCGGAGCCGGACAUGUCGUUUGCGCGCGGCAUCCCGACUGGGUCGACCGAGACCUCGGUGGCGCUCACCGGUCUGCGGCCGGGGACCCGGUACGGGUUCCGAGUGGCGGCUGCGAGCGAGGCUGGCGAGUCGGACGACGGCGCCGUGGUGAUGGUCUCGACGCAAGCCGCGGCGCCGUCGCCGCCGCGGGCGCUGCGGAUCGUGGCCGCGGCUCCAGACGCACUCACCGUCUCGUGGCAGGUCCCGCAGUGGAACGGCGGCGUGGCCAUCACGCAGUACGACGUCCGUGUCACGCGAGUCCACCCUACGCCGGCCGGCGCCGACGACGGUGUCCGAACUGCAACUGUCAUGGCGAAUCCGGCCAACAGGCUCGGGUCGGUGACGGUGAGCGGGCUGCUGCCGGGCGCGGCGCACGCGGUUGAGGUCUCUGCGCGCAACGCCAUGGGCGUGUCAGGCGCCGCGAGUCUAAGCUCGGGCGCGCUGGCGCAGACCCGCGCCGGAGCGCCGCCGUUUGUCCGCGUUGCCGAUGUCGGCACCGACUGGGCCCAGCUCGAGUGGGCGGCUCCACCUGUGGCGCGGCCGGACACCGUAAGCGCGUUUGUGGUUGCUGUCGCCGGGCGGGACGAGAUCCGCGUCGAUGGCCUCUCGACGCGGAUAUCUGGCCUCCGGCCGGGCUCGAGUGCAAGCGUGGUGGUGAGCGCGGUGACGAGCGUCGGGGUCGGCCAGCCGUCGGCGCCGGUCCGCGUAGUGUGCCUCAAGGCCGAGCCCAUGCCUGUGUCGCUAGCGAUCGACUACGACAACGCGCACAUUGCCAUCGGGCACUCGCUGGUGGCGCUCAAGUGGGACGUGGUCCACGACGGGGGGACCCCUGUGCGGCAGUUUGAGCUGUACAUGGCCGAGGGCGGAGCUGAAGCGGUCCUCGCCGGGGUCAACGCGCAGGCGCCGGGAGUCUUCUCCUCGGUCUUCUCCUCGGGUGACCGCUACACCUCUGUCGAUGGCACGCUCUCGCCGUCGACGCAGUACUCGUUUGUGAUGGUGGCUCGGAACGAGGUCGGAGCCUCGGGCCCAUCCAACGUGGUGACGGUGACCACGCUCGGCGAGCACUCGUUUGAAAAGUGCAAGCGCUACCGCAACAAGCCAUGCGACGUCUGCCUGGAACUCCUCGAGUUUGGCCUGUUCAAGUCAGCCUGCCUCGAGUGCUCGUUGUGCGGCCUCGCGCUCCACAAAAGGUGCGAGGGCGACGUGGUGGCCGGCUGCCGCGGUGCAGGCGAGCUGGAGGAGGUCUCUGACGAGGACUCGGACUUUCUGGUGGUGUAAAAGCGUUGCAAGUUGCUUGGCUACAGAGCGUGUGUGAGCGACGAUGGCGCGACGCCCAUGUGGUUGGCGAUGGCGGUGAGCCGGGCGGCGUCCGCGGCCGCGCGCCCGCGCUCGAGCUCCGACUUGGCGGUGAGGGCGUCAGACAUGGAGGGGAAAGCAGCCCAGAACGACCACUUGCGGGUCCGGAGGAGCGGUGAUGGCGGCUGAACAAGGCCGUGGAUGACAGACAUGUCGGUGGCGUCGG